CCGGGUGCUGGUGCCGUCCUGGGUGCGCUCGCCUCCCCAUCCCGGCUCUGUCCCUCUGGGCUACCGCGCUGCCUGCCGCGGGGCGUCCGCCGAGCCCCCUCCCUGCGCGGACUUGGUUGUUGUCCUUCUCCCGAUCCCCUUAGUGGACGUUUCUUUUCGGUGCCCCAGCGCUGAGUUGUGAAAUUUGCAGGAAACGUUUGCUUUAAGUGCUUUGUUGUCCAGAUGGAAAUCGUGGAAAUGUUGUGUAAAACCAUGGGCACGUGUUUGUUAUUUUUUAAGUGAGAGUGACCACAGAUGUGAAGGUUGCCUUGCAAUAAUGGCUCUUGUGUUGGUUCUGGACAAGCUCAAUCUCGUUUUGGAGCCUGUGGUGCUGACAGAUACGAAUCUGGUUUAUCCUGCUCUGAAAUGGGACCUGGACUACCUCCAGGAAAACAUUGGCAAUGGGGACUUCUCAGUGUAUAGUGCCAGCACACACAAGUUUUUGUACUACGAUGAGAAAAAGAUGGCCAAUUUUAAGAAUUUCAAACCCAAGUCGAGCAGGGAAGAGAUGAAGUUUGCUGAGUUUGUGGACAGACUCAAAGAAAUACAACAAAAAGGGAGUGCUGAGAGGCUGUAUCUGCAGCAAACCCUGAAUGACACAGUUGGAAGGAAGAUUGUGGUGGAUUUCCUUGGCUUCAACUGGAACUGGAUUAACAAGCAGCAAGGGAAACGUGGCUGGGGUCAAUUGACUUCUAACUUGCUUCUUAUUGGCAUGGAAGGGAAUGUGACACCAGCUCAUUAUGAUGAGCAGCAGAACUUCUUCGCUCAGAUUAAGGGUUACAAGAGGUGUAUCCUGUUCCCUCCUGAUCAGUUUGAAUGCCUCUACCCUUAUCCUGUGCACCAUCCAUGUGACAGACAGAGCCAGGUGGACUUUGACAAUCCUGACUAUGAGAAGUUUCCAAACUUCCGGAGUGUGGUUGGCUAUGAGACGGUGGUGGGUCCGGGGGAUGUGCUAUACAUACCUAUGUACUGGUGGCACCAUAUUGAGUCUCUCCUGAAUGGGGGUAUUACCAUCACUGUGAACUUCUGGUACAAGGGUGCCCCAACCCCAAAGAGAAUUGAAUAUCCAUUAAAGGCUCAUCAGAAAGUGGCGAUAAUGAGGAACAUUGAGAAGAUGUUGGGAGAAGCCUUAGGAAAUCCACAAGAGGUGGGUCCCUUGUUGAAUAUGAUGAUUAAGGGACGGUAUGACUAAUGCCUGGCUGCCUGGGUGACUGAUGUUGGAGCUGCUUUGUUCACAAGCAAUGGAAGAUACUGAGCGCUAGUAUUGCACACAGCACUUAAGAGACUGAUGGGUUUCCUGGCCCAUCCCUGCCCCACUACAAUAAAGGGGGCUACUGGAACUGCAAAACCGUUAGUACCCCAUUCAUCCUCCACUCUCAUCUAACCGAACCUCCCAAGAAAGAGUCUGCACUUAUUGGAAGCUGGAUUCAUGUUCACUAACUUGUUUUUUCUCCCUCUGCCCUGUUUGCCACAACAAGGAGCAUGGCUUCUGGCACUUGGAUGUGUUGCUUCAGGAUUUUCAGGCAUUUGAAGAAGAGCUUGGAGGAGAACCAGGAGUGAUCUUGUUUCCUCAGCCUCAUGGGGUUUGGGCCUCCUGGCUGGGUUUAUGUGUUGGUGCCUGCAGUGGAUAUAAAAUGGGAAAUGAUAGGUCUCAUGGUCUUCUGUUGUUAGAGGACCUGUUCAUGCUCAACUCUGGCACCUUUUUGUAUAACAGAAACAACUAUGUGAGGAUGGCCUGUGUGUGAUAAGUAACUGGACAAAUGAUUCAAUUUCUUCAACUUAAGACAUCUAUGCUUUGGACUUAGUACAGGGUAGAGAUCAGAGUGAAUUCAUCUAGUGUGUGAGCGCCAAAUCCUGUGCUCUCCAAAUAACAUCUGUGUUGUAGGAGUGUAGAUAAACCUCCUUUGUGACAGCUUUCUCUGGGGAGUGAAGGCUUCUCUCCUGCUCUUCUGAAGCUGCAGUGUGAUUAAAAGGGGAUGUAGCGUUAUGAAGGGAGACGCAUAAAUGCCAGGGCACUCUCCAAGUCUUGAAUGAUUAAGCCACAUUUUUAAAUAAAAUUCCCCAGGGGUGCUGAGCUAGACUGUCAAAACGCAGUGUCAGAUAGGUACAGAGGCUCCCUUCUCCCCACCAGGGGUGCUGGCUCCUCGGACUAACACGGGAAAGAAAGUGCCCUUUUUACUGAAACUGCAAGAACUCAAGUGUGUGUGGCUGCGCACAGGUGCGCAUGUUUGUGUGAUGUUGUGUGGCUCCUGUCCAUCAGUUAAAUCCAUGCCAGUGUGUGGUUCCCUUCCUUGUACAGUCAUGUGAAAGAGGUCAGGGCUUUCUGUUUAAACGUGGUUAAGUUUAUCUUGAUCCUUGUAUUCUGGGACUUGACAUGGCAGGCUGGGAAGUGACAAGACCAGGGCACAGGAAGCAUACAAGCCUCUAUUUAAGAGUCCUCAGCAAUCACCCUGAAAAAUCAUUUUGCUUUCUUCCUCCUCUUCCAUGCAAAAGCCUUAGGCUUAUAUGGAGGCUGGCUUUUUAUUCCCUGAGGUGUGCUGCACUGCUGUCCCUGGUUUGGGGUGUGGUGCAAAGGUCUUGUAUAUUUGAUGCGGUUGUAAUGGGUCCCAAGAGCUAGAGGUGUGAGAAGCUGUUCAUAGCCCGUAUAUCUCAUCCCAGAGAAUAGUGGGGAAUUUGUUCUAUUGAGACUUCCAGUGUUUUCCCUGUUGUUCUUCGGGGCUUGUUCUGACAUGGGAUUCUGACAAAAGUGUUGAGAACAUGCUGCUCAAGAAGCACUCCAUCUUUGGCCUUGGGUCCCAUCUUUUGCUGGGACAGCUCCUGCACCACUUGCAGUGAGCUUGUCUUGCACAAAGGUGAAAGGCUUCUCAAACAGGAGGUCCCAGGGGCUAGGUUUCUGGCUGCUUUACAGGUCAGAACAAAUGAAGUGUAAUUGGCAGCUGUAGGGUCCUUGUUUAAGAAAUAUGUUUGUGUCACUGAGUAGUCUGACUGCCACAUUACUUGUUGCAGGCUCUCCAGAGCUGUGAUUAGAUCCAGACGAAGGUCACUCAGCUGGAUACUUACCAAUGCUCAGCAUUUGGGCAGGUGGGGAAGGCUAAGCUGCUGACUCUGGCCAAAAGCAAGGCCUUCCCAGGAAUCCUGGACACAUGCCUUUGGUUGAAAGAUGCUCAAAUGUAAUCCCAUCUCUGUGCUAUUUAUUCAGUACAUGGUAGUAUCCAGUACUACUUGUUAGACACCAUCAACUCCUGAAGCUCAGGGUGUGAGUUCAUAUCCCAUGUGGAGAGAGAAUGGUACCUAGAGGAGUUCAGGAUCCUUUUUUUUUCUUCUUUAUUUGCCAAAGGUCUAACUUUUAAAGUGUCUGAACAGGUUUUGCUGCACUUGACUUUGUGAAAGCUCAUUUACAAUGCACUGAUGGACUGACUCCCCCCGCUUCCCUUUUCACCUUGUGCUUUCAAUGCCCCUUGCCAUGGUAUUGGGAAGCUGUGUGUGUUCUCUGCUAGGGGUGUGUGUGCAGGGGGUGGGGUGUGACAAACACACGGUACCUUCUGAAGUGUAGUUCUUAAAUACAACCAAUGUUGAACAACA